AUGAGCAUACGAGGACCGAGAAGUGCACUAUCAAAGUUUUUAGAGGAGGAAAACAUCAAGGUGGAUGGCAAGAAAGCGAUUAAAGAUAAGAAGAAAGAGGAAAAUUGUGAUGAUAGGGUUGUGGUGGGGCUGAGUGGUGCUGAUGAGUGCAGUUCAACGUUAAAUGGGCAGUCUUUAAAAAAAGUAACUGGUGCCACGAGGACCAAAAGAAUCAGAUAUAGUAGACCUAUUGAGAUUGUCAAUCUGAGACGGGAAGAAACAUUGCGAACCGCUGUUUUACAAAAAGUACACGCAAAUUUAACUGCUUUUAAACUGCAUGACGAGCACAUAGUAGAGUAUUCUAAGUUUCUAUACGAUAAUAGGCUUUUAACGCCACAAAUAUUUGAUGUUUUGGUUGAGUACGCCACAAAAAAGCUCGUGGUGUAUGACUGUUCGAUGAUAGAAGAAUUUGAGCUUCACAAAAAUUUUGAACAUUUAGAGCUGCACUAUUGUGGACAAAUGAAGGACAAAGACAUAGCACAAAUACUCAGUUAUGCCGUUGAUCUGAGGGUUUUAAAAUUGACGGGCGCGUUUUUGCUUGAAAACGUAGAUUUGAUGCCAUAUAUGAGCAAGAAGAAACAAAGAAUGAGCAAGUUGGUAGAAAUUGAUGUCAGCAAUUGCUCAAGGCUCAGAGACAAUUUUAUCACACGGGUCAACCAGCUCAUUCAUCUAGAGUCUCUGAAUAUCAGUUAUUGUUACGGCCUUACCGAUGAGAGCCGAUUGACAAUAAGCCCAAAAAAGAUCAUUGCCGAUGGAACAAAGAUCGGUGAGAGAUUUUUUGGAAUGAACGAACACAUCACUUUAGAGGAGCUAUCGAUAGCUAACUGUCCAGUUCUUUUCGCAAACGGCAAAAAUCACAUAGAUCUGUGCAAAUUUACUCGACUAAGAAAAUUAAACAUUGAAGGAAUAUCAGAAAUAAAACACAUCGGUAUAGACACGGUGGAAGAGCUUAGAGCCGCUAACUGUUUUAGUCUUACGCUUCCACUACACAACAAUUUGCUAAAAGUUCUGGAUAUCUCAAAAAUUAACUAUCCCAGGGACGAGUUGAUGAAAUUGAACCAAUUCAGCAAGCUCGAGUAUUUAAACAUCAGCUUUAACGAAAAUGUUGAUGACGACAUUGUCAUAGGAUAUAUCACAAAUAUGAAGCACAUUAGGAGCGUUGUAGUUUUUGGUUGUUUUGGGCUGACAAAAGAGUUGGGAAGGCUGGCCUGGUCUAUCAAAAAUGACAUAAAAAUAAUCGGAAAUCAUGCUGAGACAAAAUACUUGUUAGAAAAUUGAAAUAAGCAGUAGGUGGUAGUUUUUUACUGUCGUCUUUCUGAUCGCGCGUUCUGUUCGAAAGUGCCGAAUUGUUGUGAGGCAAUUCAAGUGGUACAUUUUAUGUACGUCCUGCUGCACAGGUGGUUAUCUCGGACGGAUAAAGACUGAUUAAACCGUAAAACAUGGCAGUAUUAUUUUAAAUAUCAUAUUUGCAUGCUAGUAUUGAAUAAAUCAUCUUUCUAAGCCAUAA